CGUUGUACUUGUAGUGGAGAUUCAAUCCAAGCAGCCAAUGACACGCCUUGUUCUUCUCGCUUCACAACUUGAGGCGAUAUGCAGGGUCCAGCCCGCUGCUUCCCCCAGUGACGUCAGAUGAGGUAAACCUGCAGCUACGACUCCAACAACCCGCAUCGUUUCCCACCGACUCCACCUCUUGCUAACGAAUCCCCGGCCUUCGUUACCCUCGCCUUAUUCUACCGAGUGCCUUCUCCCAUCCCAUCCGUCCCUAUGAUUUACCCUGCCAGAACUGGACUGGGCUCUCUGUCACACUGCAUUGUCUGUAGAACCAUCAUCACCAUCAUCACCAUCAUCACCAUCAUCACCAUCAUCACCAGCAGCGCAGCCGGCAGUGCUGCAUCGCGGGAGCUGAUUCGCAAUCCACGUUGCAUGAGGUGCAUCAUACCCUCACGACAUGACCCCACUGCUUCUACCGCAGGUGCGCAGUAUGACAUUGCCAUGCCGCUGGCCAGCUCGCCGUUGUCCGUAAUCAUCCGGAACGUCUUGAAUCUUCCAAGCCAUUCCUCCCUCAGUUACACCGCCAAUCCCAAUUGGCCGGCAUGCCCAACCCCAGCUUACCACUCCGGCACUGAAACUGGUGUCACCAACACCUGCUUGCCCGAUGAUGCACGCACGUCGCCCGCAUCGUCAGGCGAGAGUGGCUCCUCAACACGCGUUGCGCUGCCGAAGGCGACCUCUUGCGAUACCUUGAUCUUCACUUCAAGAAAGCCUUCACAUACCUUACCAGCAGCCGGUUCACAACUCUACUACUGCUGUCAAAGUCAAACUUGCCAAAGACAUCUGAACAAGCCGAUGGAAGUAGUAACCCGCGUUGUAUGGCGGAUCCUUCCCCUGAACCAGCUGUUAACUACCUUCCGGGCGGGAUCCGGGGCCAGGACAGUCCCAGCGGCCGUUACCACCAAUUACCCUGCCGGCUGACGUCGGGUUUGCACGGAUAUUGUCGUCAUGGUGCUACUGCUCGCCUCGCCAUCUUUUCAAACACUCUAUUUGCACCUUGACUAUCAAAAAAAAUACUUUUCUGUAGAUAAUUAGCGCACACAGCCGACGGCUCGGGGUGAAGCAGACUGCAGAUUGACGAGAUGAUCCGUCUCAUGACACGG